GCUGACCACCGCAGAGACAAUGUAGACCUGCUCAUAGUAUGACACUAUGAAGGCUACUCGCCGCAUGCAUGUGCUUACAUAACACUAUUCAUACCGACAACUAUGAAUCAUGCAUCUGACGCUUCUCUCCACUUUGCUCGUGAGCAUCCUGGUUUCCGGUUUGCAGUCAUCUGGAACGACAGCACCACACGUAGAGAAUGAGUCUGUCUGGGAUGCUGUUUCAAUGCGGGUGGAGCAGGAUGCCACUGCACCGCCUUCCACGCACAAUGGGAGCACGCAGGAGGCCGAACGCACCAUCGCAUACCCUUCUCGCCUCAUUUACUACCUGAACGAGGAAUCCGAGAGCACUUAUCAUAACCUGAACACUCAGGCCAAGAUCCCGGGCCAGCAAGGCCAGGUAGUCCAUUUGGCUCAAGCCAGUUUUCAGCUUGAGGCAUUUGGAUCCAGAUUCAUACUAGACCUCAUAUUAAACAAUGACCUACUAUCCUCUGAGUAUGUGGAGAUUCACUACGAGGAAGGACAACCCAUCCUUUCUAAGGGUGGAGAGCACUGUUAUUACCAUGGCCAGGUGAGAGGCAAUGAAGCAUCUCGUGUCGCCCUGUCAACCUGUGAUGGUUUGAAUGGCAUGUUUGAUGAUGGCAUUUAUAUGUAUUUUAUUGAGCCUUUGAAACACUCAAUUGAUGGAGCAGCUAGACCCCACAGACUGCACAGGACACCCAGCUUCCUAAGCUCUCAUGACCCUCAGGAUGCAGAUGGGGAGGACCAGCUGGAUGACAUGGCUUGGCUGCGGCGCAGGAAAAAGCGUGCUAUGCCAAGGAAGGUGUUUGAGGAGAUGAAGUAUAUCGAGCUCAUGAUUGUCAGUGACCACAAUAUGUAUAAGAGACAGAAGACCAAACAACAAACCCGUAAUUUUGCGAAGUCUGUGGUCAAUCUGGUGAAUGCUGUCUUUACAGAGCAAUUGAACACACGUGUGGUCCUGGUUGCUAUGGAAAUAUGGACAGAGAAAGACCAUAUUCCAGUCAGUGUGUUGCCACUGGACAUGCUGCGAGACUUCGCCAAAUACCGACAGCAGCACAUCAGACAGCAUGCAGAUGCAGUGCAUCUGUUCUCUAAUGUGACAUUUCACUACCGUCAGAGCAGCGCUGCAUUCUUCGGAGGCAUGUGUUCACUCAGCCGUGGGGUUGGAGUGAACGAGUAUGGAUCAGCAUGGACUGUAGCUGUCUCACUGUCCCAGAGUCUGGCUCAGAACUUAGGCAUUCAAUGGGAUCCUGCAAAUGGCAGGAAUAAGGAGUGUGGCUGUGUUGACUCGUGGGUAGGCUGCAUCAUGGAGGACACAGGAGUGCAGUACCCACGGAGGUUUUCAAAGUGUAGUAUUUCAGACUAUAAAGAGUUCCUAUGGAAAGGUGGAGGAUCAUGCCUCUUCAACAGGCCCAACAAGCUGUUUGAGCCAACAGAUUGUGGGAAUGGCUACGUGGAGGUGGGAGAGGAGUGUGACUGCGGUGUAAGAGCUGAAUGCUACAAGGAAUGCUGCAAAAAGUGCUCUUUGUCAAAUGGUGCACACUGUAGUGAUGGGCCUUGCUGCAACAGCACCUGUCUGUUUUACCCAAGAGGCUUCAGCUGUCGCUAUGCAGUGAAUGACUGUGAUAUUUCAGAGACCUGCUCAGGAGACUCUGGACAGUGCCCUCCAAACCUCCACAAACAGGAUGGCUCAUUGUGCCAUCUUGACCAGGGACGCUGCUAUACUGGAGAGUGUAAGACCAGAGAAAACCAAUGCAAAUAUGUGUGGGGUCCAAAGUCUGGGGGGUCAGAGAAGUUCUGCUAUGAGAAGUUGAACACAGAAGGAUCUGAGAAAGGGAACUGUGGGGAAGAUGGAGAAAAAUGGAUCCAGUGCGGAAAGCACGAUGUGUUCUGUGGGUAUCUGCUGUGCACUAAUGUUGAGUCAAUGCCUCGCAUCGGAAGAAUAAAGGGAGAGAUCACGCCUACAUCCUUUAACCACCAGGGCCGACUGAUUGAAUGCAGUGGCGGUCAUGUGUUAAUGGAUGAUGACACUGAUCUGGGUUAUGUGGAGGAUGGGACGCCAUGUGGGCCGUCCAUGAUGUGCCUUGACCGUAAGUGUCUGCCCAUCCAAUUCUUCAACAUGAGUGCCUGUCCUACCGGACCCAACGGCCACAUCUGCUCCAACCAUGGGAAAUGUGAAAAAGGGAAGGUUCGACCCAACUGCAUCCGCCAUCUAGUGAAGAAAAUGGAUGGUGCUCCUCGAAAGCUUCUAAAGUAAUCUACAGCUGGACUACGAUUUUUGCUGCUCUUUCUGCCAUUAGUUAUAAAAAUAUAAUGUAAAAUAAAAUAUGAUAUUCAGUAGAUAACAAACCACAUAUUAGUUACGUAGACCUGCAGCUUUUCGGCUCUGCCUUAUUUCAAGUCCCAAACUCACCGAGAUGGUUUCAUUGCGAGGCCUCUUUUUCAUAACGAUCAAUCUCACUUUCAUCAUCUCAACACGCCACAGAGCACCAGCUCAUUCGACACCCUGGCCAAAGGGCUGCAUGGCUACCUAUGCUUACUGAUACUUGACAGAAUAGAGCAGUAAUCCCUCUGAAAGGGAAAGGAUCAAAUUCCCUUUCAUACCUAUAGAAAAACAAAUAUGCCAUUGCUCUGGUACUAUAUCAGUGUGAAAGGGUGAGUUCUGCUCACUGAGUUGCAGUUACUCUGGGACAAAUUGUAAAUCGCCACCGACUGCGACUUCCUCAGUGGUUUAUUACAUCAAGUUGAACCCAGCUGCAUAUAGGCCUUAACAUAUUACACAUAUCACAUAGAGACAUGGAGUAGACUGGACUGGACUGCUGCACAGGCAGAGGAUGAGUUAAGGUGCUGAUCUUUUAAGAUCAUUUUACAUUGAUUGUUUCAGCGUUAUGUUCUGCUUUUGAUAGACCAUAUUGUAUUGUAGGCAUAGUUUGAAACAGUCAUACAACCAGUUUUGCUCAUUCAUGGACAACACAAAUAGAGUACCAGUCAAAAGUUUGGACACACCUACUCAUUCAUAGUUUUUUUUUUUUUCUGUAUUUUCUACAUUGUAGAACAAUACUGAAGACAUCAAAACUAUGAAAUAACAUCUGGAACAUCUAUGGAAUUAUGUGGUAAACAAAAAAAGAUGUUAAAAACAAAACGUUUCAUAUUUUAGAUUCUUCAAAAUAGCCAGCAUUUACCUUGAUGAUGCUUUGCAUACUAUUGGCAUUGUCUUAACCAGCUUCAUGAGGUAGUCACCAGGAAUGCUUUUCAAUUAACAGGUGCCUCGUCAAAAGUUAAUUAGUGCAAUUUCUUGCCACCUUAAUGUGUUUGAGAUCAAACAGUAAAUAAUAAAAAUAGUCAAUAGCCCGAUUCCACAACUGUAGUAAUCCAUAUUAUGUCAAGAAGUGCUCAGCUAAGUAAAAAGAAACGACCUCCAUCAUUACUUUAAGACAUUAAGUGUCUCUAAUAAAAAUAAAGAAAAAUAAUUGAACUAGAAGGUGUCUCCAAACUUUUGGCUGGUGCUGCAUAACCAUAGUUUUAAAUGUUCUCAAAUGAAGAUGUGUUUUAUACAGAUAUAGAUCAGGUGAGGGAUUACUGAAUGGAUCAAAAUGGAUAAACCAAUAACAUACCACUUGCAGUUGUUGAGUUUGAGCUUGACAGUGAUUUAAAGCCAAAGAAAUACUUGCAGGCUUUUGGGUGAACACCUUUCCCCUUGUAGUAUGUAGGAUUAGACAUGAAGGACGCUUCCAAUUAAACCCAGAGGGGGGAAAAAACAAAAUAAAAUCACUGACAUUUUGCCAGAUCCCAUUCUGGGGAGUUGUCAAGUUACAGUAAGUCUAAAAGUGACACAUACGUACAGUACAAGCUUGAAGAUGUUUCAUCACUCAUCCAUUUCUGAACUGAUUUAGUUGGUCUAAACUGCUAAAGCCAUCAUGAGUAGCGAAAACAUCUUCAAAAUUACACUGCAAGUCCUGUCACUUUGACUUACUGGUGCUAAAAAAUGUGGUGCCUUGGAAGACUGAAAACCUUCAUAGACAUCCUGGGGGUAAUUUGCAAUCACACAAACACGUACAUGUUUCAUUAGGACCUUAAAUCUUAGGUCUUGUACCAAUUUUGUAGCACUUCAUUUAGCUCUCUCUGCUAAGCCUGUAGGGUGCAAUUGCUUUGCUGCAUGCAUUCACAAUAGUUGACUUAUUACUAUAUAAAGGAGUCCCAAAUCCAAUAAGAAACUUUUAUGCUACAGAAGUAUACAUGUGCAUGUCAGCUACAGAACAUCUAACGUUUAUUUACUAUGCAAAAAAAUAUUGCACAAACUCAGAGUUGUUGGAUGUGAUGGUAAACUCAAUGCCAUUAUAAACAAAACCAAGAUUGCCAGCAAGGCCAUCAUCUUUUUUUUAAUUUAAUUUUAUUUAUUUUAAUAUUAGCCAAUCUAUUAAAUGUUUUGUUGCGCUUCAUACUCAAGAAGAAUGGUUGACAGAAUUAAUGUGGGUUUUGAGUGAAUGUAUUUUAUUUUAUGGGAGUGAAUGUAUUGUGUCGGGUUUUGAAUAAAUCCAGUAAUUAUUUCCUUGGCUGAUAUUUCAGGUGAGGUUUUAAGAUUUCACUUUUUAAAAAUGUAAUGCUUUAUUUUUCAUUAAUUACUGACUAGUCCUCUGUUGUGAGCAGAGGAUAAAUAUAAUGAUCACCUUUACUCACAGUACCGUACAUGUACAGAAGUUCAGUCAAAUAAAAAAUGUGAUCAAUAAACUUAAUGUUUUAAAUUUCAA